AUGGCUGCUGCAGUCCAACAACAACAACAACAACAACAAGAACCUCACCAGACAGGCUUCCUCGACCUUCCAGUCGAGAUCCGCCUAGAAAUCUACGACCAACUCCUCAUCACAGCCCCCUACACAAGAUGCGGUCGUCCCUGUCCUGAACAAAAAGUCCACGCCUCUCUCCUCCGCGCCAACCAUCAGAUCCACGAUGAGGCCACAGAUCUUCUCUACGGGCGCAACACAUUUCUCUCCCACCCAACACUUCUCACAUCCUUCCCCCGUCUUCGAAACUGGUACGGCCCCGUCAAGGAGUCCUCCAUUAUCCCCAGCAUCCGCCGCUUCCACGCCCAAGUCCGCCUCGACGUCGAUCUCCCCUACGAUGCAGAAGCCGUAACAAAAGCCUACAGCGGCCUAGACGAGCUGACCAUCGACGUCGUUCAGUCCAUGUUCCUCGGUGUGGGAUACCGCAACCUGCGCAUGUUUGAGGGCGUCAGGGGUGUCAAGAAGGUCACUGUUACCGGCAGCACGACUGGCUUCGAAGAUUACGUCGAGUGGCUCAAGAUAGCCAUGACGAGUGAGCCCGACGCCAAGGUCCCCGAGUUUAUACCUCAACAACAAGCGGGCUGGAUUCAACGCUUAGCCACUGUGCACUAUUAA